GGAUCCGUCUGAGGCAGCGACGAGUGGUCGGAACCUUCUUCCUCCUCCUUCCCCUUCCCCUUCUCCCUUCGGGGAAAGGCUGGGGCUGGGCACCUGGGCUGUUCGGUGGCCAGUGCGGCCUCAGCUCCAGCCAGGCCUGGAGUGUUCCUGGUUGUGACAUCACAUCCAUCCCCGUGGCGAUGGAGCCUGUCACCAGGAAGGAAGCCUCAGUCGAAUAGCCAACAAGAUGGGUUACUCGGAGCAUCUCCUGAGUGGCACUGAGUGGAGGCAUCAGGGGGUCGGAGCCCGGUGAACAGGGAGUCUGCCCCCAACACUUGGAAGGACCUGGGUUUCAGUGAUGAGACAUGGGGUAUGAUGUAACUCGUUUCCAGGGGGAUGUUGACGAAGACCUUAUCUGUCCCAUCUGCAGUGGAGUCUUGGAGGAGCCAGUACAGGCGCCUCAUUGCGAACAUGCUUUCUGCAACGCCUGCAUCACCCAGUGGUUCUCUCAGCAGCAGACGUGUCCGGUGGACCAUAGCGUUGUGACGGUCGCCCACCUGCGCCCAGUACCUCGGAUCAUGCGGAACAUGUUGUCAAAGCUGCAGAUUGCCUGUGACAACGCUGUGUUUGGCUGCAGUGCUGUUGUCCGGCUUGACAACCUCAUGUCUCACCUCAGCGACUGUGAGCACAACCCGAAGCGGCCUGUGACCUGUGAACAGGGCUGCGGCUUGGAGAUGCCCAAAGAUGAGCUGCCAAACCACAAUUGCAUUAAGCACCUGCGCACCGUAGUCCAGCAGCAACAGACACGCAUCGCCGAGCUGGAGAAGACUUCAGCUGAACACAAACACCAGCUGGCGGAGCAGAAGCGAGACAUCCAGCUGCUAAAGGCAUACAUGCGUGCCAUCCGCAGUGUCAACCCCAACCUUCAGAACCUGGAGGAGACAAUUGAAUACAACGAGAUCCUAGAGUGGGUGAACUCCCUGCAGCCAGCAAGAGUGACCCGCUGGGGAGGGAUGAUUUCGACCCCGGAUGCUGUGCUCCAGGCGGUGAUCAAGCGCUCCCUGGUGGAAAGUGGCUGCCCUGCUUCUAUUGUCAACGAGCUGAUUGAAAAUGCCCACGAGCGCAGCUGGCCCCAGGGUCUGGCCACACUAGAGACAAGACAGAUGAACCGGCGCUACUAUGAGAACUACGUGGCCAAGCGUAUCCCUGGCAAGCAGGCCGUGGUGGUGAUGGCCUGUGAGAACCAGCAUAUGGGUGAUGACAUGGUGCAGGAGCCGGGGUUUGUCAUGAUAUUUGCACAUGGUGUGGAGGAGAUCUAGAGAACUUGCUGGGCUAUCAGGAAGAGAUGGAAAUCAGAAAAUCCCAUCGCUCCCGCAGCUGGGCCCUGAGUCCUCCCCACCGUCCUUAAUGCCACGGCUGACACUUGGGCCACACCUCUCCCCGCUCUUCUGGCACUGAAGGGCCCUGGGGCACUUUGCUCAGCCUUUCAGGUGGGAAACCCAGAUUCCCUCCUUUUGCCAUAUUUCUCCCCCCAAAAUGUCUGGAAGUCCUCAGUCUGGGUGGGAAAGCUCCCGCCUCCGUUCUGCCUAGGGGCCAUGGUUCCUGAUAUUUUCUGAAAGCACAAAGAGAUUCAGAUUCAUCUUCCCUAGAGGAUCAAGUAGAGAGAGGUGUGUAAUUGUCCCUCUCCUCCCAAGUGGAAUCAGAGCAGGCAGGCCUGUUGUCUCUGAGCAGCACUUAGAGGGCAGCUCUGGGGAGCAGACAUUCUGAAGAAAUGGUGAGCAUGGAACAGAAACCCUAGGAAUAAACAGGCCAGUGACUGGCCCUCGCUGAUGACCCCGAGGGGAAGACUGGACCUCCGUGCCAAGCGCACCCUGCCCAGCCGAUGUUAAAGGUGCAGCUCCUGCUGGGUCUGCAGGUGUGCAGACUGGAAUGCUAAACAUUUCCAGAUGAGCUCUUUCUCGUAAUUAGGGAAUGACAGGAUUGGGGGUUGGGGUUGAUAUGUCGGGACUUGUAUGCUCAGCUGGAAGCUGUUCUCUGGCACUGCGCCCUGUGGUGUGGGCCAUCAUCGUUCCAUAGACCCUCCCCAGCCCUGUGAGUAUAGUUAGUUAUUUUGAUAAUUCUCUUUGGCCAUUGUUUGUUUAUAUUUCACAAACCUCACCUGUGCGCCCUACCUUCUUCUUUCUUUCUUUUUUUUUUUUUUUUUUUUUUUUAGAAUGGCCUGGUCAUGGCUACCCUACUUUCUAGCCCAGCCAUAUUGUUGGCAAUUUAAUUUAUUUACUUUUUUUUUUUU